AUGGGACUAUCACCUGAUCUCAAAGAGCUAGCAGAGGAAUGGCUUCGCCUUGACAAGGACAAAUCUACGACCGACGAGAUAUACAAACUUCUUGUGCAAGGCGAUGCUGCAGAGUUAGAGCGCCGUCUCCGACCACGCAUAGCCUUCGGCACCGCAGGCCUGCGCGGACCUAUGCAAGCAGGCUUCGCAUGCAUGAACUCGCUUAUUGUCAUACAAGCCUCGCAAGGACUGGCAGCAUACCUACUGCAAACUGAGAAGAAUGUGAAGACGAGAGGCGUUGUAAUUGGCCGGGAUGCACGCCACAACUCCGAGAAGUUUGCGAAGCUGGCCGCGGCAGCUUUCGUUGCCAAAGGAAUCAAAGUCUGGUGGUAUGAAACCCCGUCGCAUACGCCUCUUGUGCCGUUUGGUGUGCGAGAGUUGGGUGCUGCGGCUGGGGUUAUGGUGACGGCGAGCCACAACCCUGCCCGCGACAACGGAUACAAAGUUUACUGGUCGAAUGGCUGUCAAAUCAUUCCCCCUCAUGACGCUGGCAUCGCACAGGCUAUUCUGGAGAACCUGGAUCCUGUGAGCUGGGAUAUUUCCUCUUUCGACGAACCGUCCUUGCUGGUCGAGGGCGCAUUGGGCCUUGUGCUGGACCAGUAUCACAAGGCGAUCCAGUACGCAGCGCACCCAGAAGAUCCAUCUAUCAAGAUAAAGUCGGACAUCAGAUUUGUCUAUACGCCAAUGCACGGCGUUGGUCUUCCAGCAAUGCAGCGGUGCGCGGAAGACCUUGGCGUGGCAUCCCAGAUGGUAGUUGUUGAAGAACAAGCAGAGCCAGAUCCCGAUUUUCCCACUGUCAAAUUUCCAAACCCUGAGGAGAAGGGCGCACUCGACCUUGCAAUGGCAACGGCAGAUGCCUCCUCAAUCUCCCUCAUUCUAGCCAGUGACCCGGAUGCAGACCGCCUAGCAGCAGCAGAAAAAGUAGCAGGAAAAUGGCACAUCUUCACCGGCAACCAGCUCGGCAUCCUCCUCGCCUCCUACCUCUUCUCACGCUACCCCGCCUCAAAACCCCGCUCAAACCUCGCAAUGCUAGCCUCGACCGUCUCCUCCCGCAUGCUGCACGCCCUCGCCCAAAAAGAAGGCUUCCACUUCACCGAAACCCUCACAGGCUUCAAAUGGCUCGGCAACGUCGCCCGCGACCUAGACGCACAAGGCUACGACGUACUCUUCGCCUUCGAAGAAGCCCUCGGCUACAUGAUCCCCCAGACCGUCCACGACAAAGACUCCAUCAGCGCGGCCGCUAUCUUCCUGACUGCGGCGUCCCACUGGGCAACUCAAGGCCUUACCCCGUAUGCCCAGCUGCAGAAGCUAUACCAACACGUGGGAUACUUCGAGGACGCAAAUACGUACCUCAUUUCGCCCUCGCCGGCUACUACCACCGCUGUCUUCACGGCCAUACGGGCGCUAGGUACUGCGCACCCUACACAGCUCGGCGCACGGAAGAUAACCCGCUGGAGAGACCUUACCGUUGGGUACGACUCGCAAAGCGAGGACAAUGUACCGGAUCUACCCGUGGACAAGGCCGCGCAGAUGAUCACGUGUGAGCUUGACGACGGGUCGCGCUUUACGGUGCGGGGGUCAGGUACAGAGCCUAAGAUCAAGUUAUACAUAGAAAGCGCUAGGGAUAACAGCGAGGCGGCUAAAGCGAGUGCGAGUGAGAUAUUGGCUGAUUUGCUGGGGGAAUGGUUUAGGCCGGAGGAGAAUGGGUUGAGGUUGGCGUGA